GAUGCCCAAUGCCUAUUCCUUGAAAUUCACUCCUGUAUGGAUUGGGUUCUCAUCGCCCAACCUUGCAUCUCCUCCGGCAUUAGAGCUAACACUGUCAAUUCAGCCUGGAUGGGCGCUUUCAUGCACGACAGUGACAUGUGCAACAAGCUCCACAUGGCUGGCGUCCCCGUCUGGUAUGUCCAUACAAUGGUGUACAUACCCACUAAUAUGAAGGUGAUGAAACCUGUA